AUGCUUCUCCUCCCAGCGGCUGCUCUGUGCUGCCUGUGUUCAGCGCUGGUUGCCAUGGCAGCAGAGCUGACUCAGGACCAGUUGUCUUUGACCAGAGGAGUUGAUGAACAGGCCUCGUUCAGCUGUGGAACUGAUCAGUGUGGCUGGAUGGACUGGUUUCAGAAGAAAGACACAGGAACGUUCAGACAGAUUCUUCGUAUUGGUGUAGGUCAUGGUCAAAUUUAUAAGAGUUACAAUCAUCCUCAGGAAGACGACUUCACAGCUCAGAUUAAACAGAACAGUUGUAAGUUGAAGAUAGAGAAAGUUAAACUCUCUCAUGCAGCCACGUACUACUGCGCCUGUUGGGUUUCUGGAACCCUCAUCUUCGGCUCAGGAACCAAAUUGUUCGUAGAUGAUCGGCCGCUGGUGACCCCGGUGGUGAGCGUGUACCCGGCAGCUUCCAUCGCCGCCCUGGACGGGAAGAGCACCCUGCUGUGUGUGGCCUCCAACAUGGUUCCUCCUCUGGUCCAGUUCUCCUGGACAAGACAGAGGGAGGGUGGUCCUCUGGAGACGCUGUCCUCUGCUCAUGGAGAGCAGCUGGAGCUCAGAGGGACAGGACGCACCGCCGCCAUCAUGGUGGUCGACCGGCACGCUUCCUACACGUACAACUACAUCUGCAGCGUCCGGCAUGAGAGAGGCACAGUGGAGGCCCCGGCAGAGCAAGUUCCGGCGGCCUGGGCCUGGUCUCAGCGGCAGGUGAAGCUGCUGUGUCUGCUCUACACGCUGCUGAUGGUGAAGAGUCUGGUUUACUGCGGUGGACUCGCUCUGAUCCACAUCCUGAGGAACCGGGAGCGUCCAGCCGCUGCUCACCAGACGACCGAGUUUCCUGCAGCAGCUUCAACUUCUGACUGA